UCACUUUUGUUUGAUAAAAAAAAACAAACCGCGACUUUCACAAUGGCAGAUCCGAGGAUUCGGCAAAUUAAAAUUAAAACUGGCGUUGUGAAGCGCAUAGCGAAGGAGAAGAUUGUAUAUGAGAAAGAAGCGGAACAACAGAAGAACAGAAUACAGAAGAUUAAAGACGAAGGCCAAGACGAGCAUAAUAUUCGCAAACAGGAGGAAGUCCUGCAAGAGUCGCUUAUGAUGGUCCCUGACUGCCAGAGAAGGUUGAUUAAGGCAUUUGCAGAUUUAAAGAACACAUUAGAAACAGAGAAAGACCUUGCAGAGAACGAGGACUACAUCACAGCGCAGCAGGUUUUAAAGGACGCUGAGGCCCAGUUGCCAGAGACAGAAAUUGCUUAA